UCGUGGAAAGCAUCAAUGUUCGAUCAAUGUUGGCACGCUUGACGCCUGUUAUAAGCCUGCCGCACGACGAGCGUUCUUCUUCCCCAGCUUCUUGCCGUCCCACUCUCGUCCACAAACAGGUCAUAUAGUCAUGGCUUCGGAAACUAAGGUCAUUCUAUGGGGCUUUGGCAAAGACUCGAAGGUGCCCAGUCCUUCUGCGUUUUGUCAGAAAAUGGAGACCUUCUUGCGGUUCACAUCCACACCGUACGAAUUCCGUGCGACUUCUUCAAGCAAAGCACCGAAACAUAAACUGCCAUACGUCGACAUCCACCACGACGGCAAGGUUGUGACAAUCGCUGACUCCCACUUCAUCAUUCGUUAUCUCAUCGAGAACGGCAUAUCCAGUGAUCCAGACAGUGAAGCCAGUCUCACAUCCGUACAAAAAGCCGAGUCUCGAGCAUUCCAAGGGUACUUGGAAGAGGUCGUCUAUCCAGCUAUCGCCUACGAAAAGUGGUUCGACGAUACUAAUUUCGCGACUAUGAUGUCAGAAGUGCCAGGAGUCGCGGCUAUUCCAUGGAUUAUCAAGCCACUCGUCGUAAAAUGGGUGCGAAGAAGCGUUCAAAAAUCAUUGUGGAACGCGGGAGUCGGAAGGCAUUCUCGAGACGAAGCGAGGAUGUUGGAGAAUGAGGGAUUUGGAGCUUUGGAUGCACGCUUGUCCCUUCAUCCAUAUUUCCAUGGUGAUAAAGCUACGUUGAUCGAUAUUAUGAUUGCGGGUUUGUUGACAAGUACUUUGGGCACGAAGGCCAAUCCCUACUUCUACGACAUGGUCGUGAAGAGUCCUAUUCUUAUUUCCUUCUGUCGGCGCAUGUCGGUUCCACUCUUUCCGGAGUAUGAGCAAGUGAUCCUCGAUAUCGAAAAUGCGGAAAAGGAACAAGGCAAAAAUGAAGAUGCUGUAGAGACCUCCUCUUCGUAAGGUGUGUUGUGAUGACUCUGAUACUUUUUUGUUGGAUGACCCCCAAAGUCAAGUUGCAGUCAUCCACAGUGCGCUGACAUCAUUUCGAUUUAAAUGCUAGUAAUCGUUGUAAUUGCCAACCUGAAAUCUAUGAAAGUAUUGAGACUAUGUCAAUGUAUAUGACAAGUCUUUCAUCGAGGCACAUAAGAUUUCCAACCAAGCUGGCACUGCACUUUGAGCCCUAAAAAUAUCAAGGGUUUAUACCCAGGCUCCUCCCAACCCACACUGUUUCGAGAGAGGAGGAGAUAUUCCUAGAGCAUAGGGGGAAAAGCAUGGAGUAGUGUUAUUAAUAGAUGUUAUAUUUAUAUUUCCCACCCAGCACAACCUUACUCUCCCAGCGGCUUGCACUCAC